CAUUGCCAGUUUUUAAACAUGAGGAGUCAAAUCCUUCACCAAGAACUGAUGCCAAGCUGCUCCCAUUCCAGUACGUGCUGUGUGCAGCCACAUCACCUGCAGUCAAACUGCAUGAAGAAACUCUGACCUAUCUCAACCAAGACCGCUCCAUGUCAUUCUGUGACCUAAAAUGUAACUGAAACUAGGGUUAAAACGCUCUGCUAUGGACAUUCCUUUGAGGUUUUAACCCAAUGAACUUUGAACUGAUAGCACCAAUUACAUUCCUCUCCAUUGAGCAAUGCUACCCUGAAGACUGAAGCGAUUAUUACUUUUGGACAUCUUUGAUUCUGAACCCACUCGUAACUUACACAGAUUUGCAUUGCCAAGGGCAACCCAAGCAGCCCUUGAUACAAAUACCAGCAGCUGAGGUUACUGUGGAGAGUAAACCUCGGUGAAGUUCUUUAGACGAGAAGGAGCUGAAAUCCUUAUGCACAACCCAAAAACAAAACAAAAAUGUUGCGUGAAACUCGGGCUGAUUUAACGAGGUAGAGAGCUUCAGGCAUUGUAGAUUCAACCAAUGAAGACUAUGGAGGUUACAGAUUUAUUUAUUUAUUUAUUUAAAUUCCCUCACUCGUGUGCUGGGAUUUGAACUCGGUUCUCCGGAUCAUUAUCCAACAGAGGUCAUUCCUCCUUCUACCCAUGUCAUUGGUAUUGAUAUGAACCACGACUUCCGGCUGUGUACCCUCCUCCCCUAUCUCCCUUCCUAGGAGGGAUAUACAUCAAAAGGGUCAUUGCAUAUUAGGUCAUUAAUGUCAAAUGUGGACAGUCUAAUUGAAGUUAAUAUAUUAUUUCUGGAUCUACCCUGCCUUUAGUUUAAAAUACCAAUGAAAAAUGUUGAGGCAAUGCAGCUACAAGAAUGAAAAUCUUGCACUGUCAGCCAGUAAUAUGUUUACUUCUGAAUUAUUAAAUCAAUUUUUAAUGUAUUGAAUAAUCUGCAUACAGCAAAGUUUAAAGUUUGCAUUGAAUGAAAUCGGAAAUGUCUUCGAAUUAAAAUAAUUAGCUAGCUAAUUUUUAUGUCAUAAUUAGUAACAUUGCUCUUUUUAAUUGAAAAUAACUGGUUUGUUUGAUUAUGAAAAUGUGCACUGUUUCAAGUAGACAUGUCAAGCGUUUCUGUUUGCCUGCAUGUUGCCAAAUGUGUGGUGUCCGUUUUCUGUUGACAAUCGGACACCUACACAUUGAAGUGUUGCUGAGUUUGUGUGGGAAUCCUUUACCCCAGAACAUAAGAGUUAACAGAAAUGUUGAAUUUUGAUCAUUUCUGGGUUAAACGAUGGGGAGGGCUGAAACAGCAUUGAGGACUUUCGAAAGUGUUUUGUUUUUUAAAACCAAACAAGAAUUGUGGGAGCAGCCAACCCUUCCUGAAGUGAAUAAAGAAUUGUGCAGGAGAGGAUGAAAAGAAGCUGCAAUUGUCGGGCAGCAGUAAGAACUCUUGAUUGCAAGAUCCUCUCAGUUCGAACAACUAUCAAAAGACGUUCUUAUAAAUGGUAAUUGACGAAUUAUGGACUUUCUUGAAUUUUGAGGGCCAAUCCUACGAAAUCCGUAUGGUUGACAACAAAAAACUGGAAGACAGUCAAGAAAUAUUUGGAAAAUAUGUAAAGAGCAUUAUCCGUGUGGUUUUUCAUGACCGGCGCUUGCAGUACACUGAGCGCCAGCAGCUGGAGAGUUGGAGAUGGAAUCGGCCUGGGGAUCGCAUUCUUGAUCUGGACUUGCCUCUGUCGGUCGGCAUCCUGGAACCUCGGGCAGAUCCACUGCAGCUAAACUGUGUUGAGUUUCUCUGGGAACCCACCAAAAGGACUUCGGUCUUUGUUCAGGUCCACUGCAUCAGUACUGAGUUCACUCCCAGGAAGCACGGUGGAGAGAAAGGAGUUCCUUUCAGAAUUCAGAUUGACACAUUCAAACAAAACGAGAACGGUGAAUAUACAGAGCACCUCCACUCUGGCAGCUGCCAGAUCAAAGUGUUUAAGCCUAAGGGUGCUGAUCGAAAACAGAAGACUGACCGGGAAAAGAUAGAAAAACGUACAAUCCAAGAGAGAGAAAAAUAUCAACAGUCAUUCGAAACGACAAUCCUUGCAGAGUGCUCCCCUUGGCCCGAUUGCCCGUACUUUAACUAUAAUUCUUCCAUCAGCUGUAAUUCUCUGCCCGUUGGCUUCAGUGUCUAUGAAGGAAAUUGUUUACCGACAAACCAGGAAGAGGUCCUACCUUUGAGUACUGAAUAUCUGUUGCCCACAGCCUCCAACCAGGAUGUACAACAAUGGCUGACCAGAAACCGGUUCUCAUCUUUCUGCCAGUUAUUUGUUAAUUUCUCAGGUGCAGAUAUGUUGAAAAUGUCUAAAGAGGACUUCAUCCAGAUCUGUGGUCCUGCAGAUGGAAUCAGACUCUUUAAUGUAAUCAAGGGAAGAAACAUCCGUCCAAAACUGACCAUUUAUUUGUGUCAGAGCCCUGAGCAGUAUCUUGAGAAUAAUCCUCACAAACAGCAGAGCAGAGGAGUUGUCGACACUUCAUAUGUAUUCCAUGCAAUCUUUUUGGAAGAGCUGACAGCGGUAGAAUUAACUGAGAAAAUAGCAAAAAUGUACAGCAUUUCUCCGCAGCAGAUUAACCAGAUCUACAGACAGGGACCCAGUGGGAUCCACGUGCUUGUCAGUGAUGAGAUGGUUAAAAAUUUAUGCAAUGAGAUUUGCUUUGUCGUCUGCAUCUUGAAAGCUGAGCAAAGUGAUGGAUACCACAUCAUCUUAAAGUGAAUAGGGUGGACAAUCCCUCAAAUACCAGGAGGCAGAUUCAGAUUGCACAUUGUUUGGACAUCCUUUUACUAAACAUGGAUAACUACCCAGAAAACAGGCCAAAGAAAAAGAAUUGGUUGUACUACUAAAACUGAGAUGUUUCAAAAUCCUCAAGGCAUAGAAGACUUUUUUCACUGAGGACAAAGCAAAAAGCUUUGCUUCAUGUUAUUUCAGCUAUCUUACAUGGUAUAAUUUUAGUGAUUUUGUUUGUUUUUUACUGUUGGGCUCAACAACCACCUUUCCCCACUCCCUUUGGGUUUUGGGAUUAAUAGCAAUAUUUGUGGAUCUCAAGAAAAGUAAAAAGAAAAUGACAGAAAUAAUGCUCAAAAAUAAUUGCUGUCAUCCCAAAACCCCAUUUGAUAUUAGAUAUAAUAAUAAUGGACAUUGAAUUAUUGGAUAGCCAGUGAGGAUGAAGUCGUUUAGCAGCCCUGGUCUGCAAUACUGUAGCAUUUUGUGUUCUGGGGAUUAAAUAGAUUGAUUUCUUGUGAUGAUAAUGCCUACAAGUUAACCAUAGCAUUCUGCAAUGUUCAAACUCUGUGUCAGUUUAUGGGGCCGAGGCAUUUUUAACCACCUGUUUAUUUUCAUUAUGCAGGACAUUUCUGUCUGUUUCCAUUCCUAUAGGAAGAGAUCAGUGACAGCGCACUGAACUUCUAUUUUUCUAAAGCUUGUGGUUAUGAGCAUUUUCCAAUUGUUCAGAUAGUUAAAAUACAGUUUGCUCUAUAGUGUCAAAUUUGAGCAGAUGGGAGUCUAGGUGCACAUCAUGACAUUAAAUUUAUCCUUCAGUAAUUUUUUGGAACAGGUGUAGAAUGUAUUUUUUUUCCUUACUGAAUUUGGUGAAUGUAUGCUCAAGCACCUAAUUUUAUUUUCUACUGAAUUAACUAAAUGAUGACUGGGUAUGAGAUAAAGACAUAAAUUUCUUUUGUGACAUUGUAAACACUGAAUAAAUAUGAUUUUAUAAGUAA